UUGUUUGCUGAUUGCAGCCACGGGUCAUGUGACCGGAAGGGCUCCUGACGGACGCCGUCCCUCCUCCGCGCGGCCUGAGCGCCCGGCCCGACCCCGGCCAUGGGGUGCUGCUAUAGCAGCGAGAACGAGGACUCGGACCAGGACCGAGAGGAGCGGAAGCUGCUGCUGGACCCUAGCAGUACCCCCACCAAAGUUGUCAAUGGAGCAGAGUCCAGCAACUACAGCCUGCCUUCUGCUCGCACAGAUGAGCAGGCCCUGCUCUCCUCUAUUCUUGCCAAGACAGCCAGCAACAUCAUCGACGUGUCUGCUGCAGACUCCCAGGGCAUGGAGCAGCAUGAGUACAUGGACCGGGCAAGGCAGUAUAGCAACCGCUUGGCUGUGCUGAGCAGCAGCCUGACCCAUUGGAAGAAACUGCCGCCACUGCCAUCUCUCACCAGCCAGCCCCACCAAGUGCUGGCCAGCGAGCCCAUCCCCUUCUCCGACUUGCAGCAGGUCUCCAGGAUAGCUGCUUAUGCCUACAGUGCACUUUCUCAGAUCCGUGUGGAUGCAAGAGAGGAGCUGGUUGUACAGUUUGGGAUCCCGUGAAGACAGGGAUCCUUGGACGGCUCUUCUUCUCCUCUUCACCCCGUCUUGUCUCCGCCCUGCCUCCCCUGGCCCCCAGCCUCACUGCGGCUUACACAGUACCCUAACCUGCUACUAAUCACAGAGAAGAUUGUUGAGGAGGAGGAGAGUGAGGCUAGAAGCCUCAGCGAGUGAGGAUGGAGCAAGGGAGGGUAGAACCAUUUGGGACUGGCCUUCAAAAGCCCUGGUCAGGGGUGGGGUGGGGAACAAAAGGACAGGGCCUGGUAGGUCUUCGCUGUCACUGGGAGGGGGUGGAGGUGACCCUGUGAGGGUGAUCACUGGCAGGCCUGUGGAGGCCCUUUUCCUUGGCCUCACUCCUGUGCCCGUCCCUGGAUUGGUGCUCACAGGCACCUCACCAGGGUUUGUGACCAGCGUCUGGACAAGUUUGAAUUUGAAUGAGUUAAGUUUGUAUUUCUAAUACCCUGGGUUUUUACAGUUUGGGGGUUUGGGUUUUUUUGUUUCUGUUUUGUUUAUUUUGGUUUGUUUCCCUUGAUAAAGGACAUGUAUUCAUCUGUG